AUGGGUGUUUGUUUGAUUCGCCUUAGGACUCUAAUCUCUGCCUGGAAUACAAAGCGAAGGAUUGAAUUAAUAGCUUAUAUUCUAGUUUUGUGUAAUCUCAAGAAACAGCUUUGUAUAGAUCAGCUUCUUAAUUCAAAAACCUUAACAUCAGGGGGAGAUUCGGAGGGCAAGGGCCAGUUCCAAGAAGCUCUUAGAAGAAUUCAGGCUUACUGAGCAUACAGCCUCAUACGAAUCAUAAAAAUAUACAUGUGAUCUGAUAUUUUGAUAGUCAAGAUGGUGGACAAGAGAUGAUGGACAUGAUUUUGAAGAAGAUAUAUUAUGAACAAUAUACACUGGACAUGAGACGGUGGACAGACGAUGGACAAGAGGCACACAUAAGAUGACGAUGGACAGAAUACCAUGGACAAGUUUUUGAGGUAUAUAUAUGAUCGAGAGGGGACAAUGGAUAAGAGACCAUGGACAGAAACCUUUAGGAAAGCAAAAACAAUGAAACACAAUUACAAGGUUAUAGAUUAUUGAAUUUGUGUUUUUUUAUAAUCAUGUCCAUGCUAGAUCUUCCACAGAUAGUUCUGUCAAUUGAAAUUAUAUUAUUGUUAUAAAUAUUGGUAUGCGUGUAGCCAUGAAAACAAUCGAUUCUAACUUUGUUGUGCUCUUUAUUUUUCUACGUGCAUGGGUAUUACAAAGUGGUUGAGGAAUCAUCUAAAUCAUUGGAGUUUGGAGGACUAUAAUUCAUUUCAUUCUUAUUCACUGCAUCCACGAUAGUCUUUCCACGAAAAACCGUCUACAUAUCAAGAUAGAGUGGUUAGUUCUUCAUGGACAGAUAGAAAGAUGUGUACAACACUACAAUAAUAUUUGUAACAUCCGCCUCUUUCAAAACCAAGACGGCAUAUUAAAGUGCAUUAACUUUUACCACAAAAAAC